GUGGUGGUAGGCCUGCGCGGUGGAGCCCCUGAGCAGCCUCGGAGUGGCCGCGUCCAGUAAUUUCUCACGUUGUUUUUACGCGGAAUUACCCCGCCGCGGGUCAUCAGGGCGGGCCGACGUGCACUUUACCGACACUAGACAAUAUUCACAACCAUGGAGACGCAGGGUGACGCACAUAAGCCCGGGAAAAGCGAGCCCAGGGUGUAUGGCCGCGCUGAACCCCUCGCCAUUGGAACCCAGGAAUGCGAGGAGCCAAGUUUUAGUGCCUCCGAGGGCCGCGUGGAGGCUCCUGACCCGUCUGACAUGAUCCCUGGCAGCAAAAAACAUGAUCCGCAGGUGAAUGGUGAAGUGGUGGUGAACGGCGUGGGUGGUGAAGGGGAAGCAUGCCCAGUGAGGUCCCCCUUGAAGGCAUCCAGUGAGGUCAUCCCCGAAGUCAUGUCGAGGGAGAAGAACGAAGAGGAGGGGAAUUUUGAGGUGUCAGAACUGCUAGCAAAACAGAAAGAUGAAGAGGAGGUGAACUUCGAGGUGUCAGAUCUGUUAGCAAGACAGGGAGAUGAAAAGGUGUCAGAACUGCUUGGAAGACAGAAGGUUGAAGAGGAGGCCAACUUCGAGGUGUCAGAACUUCAAGACGAGGCGAACUUCGAGGUGUCAGAACUGCUAGCAAGACAGAAAGAUGAAGAGGAGGCAAACUUCGAGGUGUCCGAGCUGCUUGCAAGACAGAAGGACGAGGAGGAGACCAACUUCGAGGUGUCCGAGCUCAUCAAGGAAAUUCUCAAUCAGUCCUCGUACCUGGAUGAGGGUUUAAAUGGCCAUGACUUCGUGACCGGACUUGACGGCGAGCUGGAGGGUCAGGUCGUGCCCAUGUACCUUGAAGGGAGUGAGGCUCGUAGCUCCACGCCGGACUCAGACUCCAACAUGCGGACAGCCAGCGAGGGCUCGUCCACCCCCACCAGCCAGCUCUCGGUCCCCUCCAGCACGUCCUCGGAUAACCCGGAGCUGAGGAUCGCAGAGAAGGAUGCGACAGAGGAUGCGAAGGAUAGCGGACUGGGGUGCCGGUCAGAGGAGAGCCAUGAGGAGCUGUCGCAGCACACUGGGGAGGCGAGCGAGGAGAAUGACGUCAGUUUGAGUGUUUCUGCGCCGAUGACGGAAAACGGGGAAGCGCUGCAGGAUGGCGAGAAGAGCAAUGUGGUGUCCUUGGGUAUCAGUGAGGGUGGGGACCAGGGGCGGCAGGGUCCAGAGGGGGGUGAGGCGCUCUCCCCCACCCGUCACAUGGAGGAGACGCAGCCGCCUACACAAGAUAAUUUUGACACAUCAUUGACGCAGAACGACAAAGUUAUUGAGACAAGUAGAAUAGACACUCCCGGAGCACAAGACACUCCCACAAGCCCUGACGAGACUGCCAAGGAGGAGGAGGUGGUGUCAUAUGAGGCCGGCAUAGGUGUGAAUGCUGCCGAUGCUGACGACGAGGCGGAAAGGGUCAGCAUGAUGGCCCGUGCCCUCGAGAACCUGAUCCUGAGCGCUGUUGAAGCGGACCGAGAGAGGCAGGCGGAGGUGGCAUCAUCAGAUUCCUCCCGCACACCAGAGCAGCUAGAACAGACUGAAUUGCCGGCAGGAGCUUCUGAAGUUGUUGCUGUAGAAGAGAAAGCCACCCCAGAGGAAGAGCAAUCACCCGCCUCCCCUGCAGAGGACGCCAAGACAGAAAUACAACCUGAGGGCGCUGAGAACAUGAGCCUAAGGGAGGAGGCAGUGGAGGAAGGGCAGGGACAGGAGGCCGGCGCUGGAGACAGGGAGUGGCCGGAGGUGUUGGGCAUGGAGGCAGGCCGGGAGAGGCUGCAGGUGGCAGGCCAGGAGCAGGAGAAGGCCACUGAUGUCCCUGCCUCCGUGGCUAGCAGCGAGUGUGUCUGCAAAAGGCUGCAGGGUGUUGAGGAGGGGGCCAACGUGAUGGUGGGGGUGUGGGCUGAGCUGAGGUCUUCCCUGCGGCAGCUCCACCGCUCUCUCAUCCCACAGGCGGCCCAGGGCUCCUCCAUGCGCUCCCGGCCCUCCCUCACACGCAUCAAGGCCCUCGCCAAUAUGUUGGUUAGCCACGAUGCACACCAGCUGUACCUGCGCCUCAGUCACCUGGCCCACGAGCUGUGCAUCGAGCUGAAGGUGCGACUCCUGGCCACCAUCCACGACGCCCCCACACCUGUCCAGGCCGCGGGGUUCAUUCAGGGUGUGUGUGACUCGUACCAGUGGGUGAUGGGGGUGUGCGAGGCGCUGCACCCCGCCCUGGAGCGCCUGGACUCGGAGCACCUCAGCCGCUUCAAGCUCAACUGGGUGACCGUCAACAUGCACAUCUUCCACUCCACCAUCCUCACCGACCCGGAUGUGCUCGACUAUGCCCAUGUGUGCCGCCAGAAGCUGAGUGAGUCCAACGAGGGGGAGGAUGUGCUGGGCUGCUGGGCGUCACUGCACCGUACGCUCACAGUGGCCGAGGCGGUGUGGGUGCGCGCUGACACUCUCCUCCAGGACUACGCGGUGGAGCGGGCGGCACUCAGCACCCGCAGGAGGCAGCUGCUGGCCGACUGGGAGCACUUCAAGGCACAGCAGAGGAGUCAGCACCACCAGAAGGCCGAGGUGCAGAACGUUGCUGUCACGUCUGCUGCAGAGGAUGGAGUACCCCAGUGCCCCUGUGAGGACUGUGGGGUGGGCAGGGGCAGAGGCAGGGACUUGCAGGGACCCUUGGGCGUGCUGAGAGGACCCGCCCCUGCCCUGACAGACCCCCGCCCCCCCUCCAGCUGCGAGUGCCAUUUCUGCAACGCAUCAACGGCCGCCGCUACACAAGAGGAGCCAGUCCUUCCCCAGCCCUCCGGGAGCUCCCUGCCGCCCCUGGCCCAGCCGCAGCUCUCCCUCUACCCCCACAUCCACAACACCCCCCCCGGCAGUGACAUUGUCGGGGGAGGAGGCCAGUCGAGGGAGGAUCUAGGGCCCCUCCCCCCUGCCCCCACCACCAAGCCCCCCAUCACAACCAACCCUUAUGUGGGGAGUGACCUUUUGACGGAGCAGCUGAUGCGGGAGUGGGAGCUGGUCUACGGGGACACCCUCUCCCCCCCUGGCUCCCACCCCAUCCUGCCCCCACCUGAGGCUGUCCUCCCACGCUAUGAGGGUGACCCAUCAAGCCUCGUGAGCGGUGUUGAAACCCUGCGGAUCAGCACCAACCGCCCUCUCUACACUCGCACCAUGGUGGACCCCGCCCUGCCCUACGUGCCCGACACCCACGCCACCGCCCGCGCCCACACCACCGUCCUGCCCAGCUCCUCUGCCACCCCUGCCCCGGCCCCAUGCCAGGCCGGCGGAGCAAAGGACCCGCCCCACAGUGCCCCGCCAGGCUGUGAGGGCGGAGGGCCUGUGGUGGGAGAGGGUGUGGGUGGAUGUGGUGGUGGUGGUGGUAGGUGUUGUUCCUCUGGCAGUGGCACCAACACCACCAGCGUCAUCACCCACACCAGGGCACACCACCCGCACACCACGGGACCUGGCCACAAGGGUAAAUGUUUGAAUGGCUUGGGGGAGCGCGGGGAAAGAGCCGUCAGCAGGGAAAGUGGUUGUGAGAGUGACUCAAGCGGUGGAGAGGAGUGGAGCAGCGGGGACGAGAGUGACUCCUCCACCACUGUCUCCUCCACGCACCAGGACCCACACUGCGACUGCUGCUACUGCCACAUGCUCCACCACAAGCAGGGUGGUGGGCGGCAGAAAUACAGUGACAGGCGGGACAGGCUGCUGCAGAUACUCUCACGCAAGAAGAAGGCGCGCAGCUGCUCCGCCAUCUCGUCCUCAGGGAGCUCCAUCAACACCAACGCUUCGGCACCCCAGGGGCCCGCCAGCAACCCCCCGUGUAGUGGGCGGGGCCGUGAGCCUCCCCUGGGCGGCCAGAACAUCGACAAGAUCAUGGACUUCAUCGAGGGGAACCAGCUGGAUGAGGCGAAGCAUGCUAAAAAGGCCGCUAAGAAGGCUCGGCAGAAACAGAAAAAGAUGGCUAUUAGAAGAGAGGAGGAAGAGGAGGAGGAGGAGGAGGAGGAAGAGGAAGAAGAAGAGGACGAGGAUGAGGAUGAGGACGAGUACAACAGGCGGAACAGCUGUGAUGACGCCCAGGACGAUGUGGAGGAGGACGGGCCGCUGGCGGAGCUGAGGCGGCGCGCUCCGGACGUGACGAUAACGGUGGUGAGGCCGGGGCAGCAGGCAACCCGACCACCGCCUCCACCACAGAAUUGCUCCCAGAGGCCCCGGGACCCCUCUCCCUCCCUCAUGGACAGGUGCAAGCCGCCGCCCGCCAAGCUCAUCCCCUCCCUGAGCCAGCCGCCGCCAGAGCCCAGCCCGGCAGCACACACUGGUUCCCGCACCAUCCUACACCCUUACAGACAGUCACAACCCAGCCGCCAGCCGCCACACCAGCCACCCCAAGGCAGACACCCGCCGAGCAUCUCGCCGCAGCUCAGCGCAGCCACCGCCAGCACGCCCAGCCCCCAGGAGCCGCCGAGCAAGCCUGGGGCGGCGGCUGGGGGCGUGAGCAGCCUGAGCAACAUCCUGAAGGGCAUGGACACGGCAGCCAAGGAGAAGGACAAGGGCUCGCAGAUGGUGACGAUCCGCCGCGUGAUGGACCCCAACAACGCCGAGCCCACCGUCACCAUCACGCUGAAGGGAGACCAGCCGGAGAAGGACAAGGUGCUCUUCAAGCUGGUCAACGGGCAGGCUGUGUCGGGCAAUGGCGGCCGUGGAGGUCAAGGAGGCAAGAAAGGUGGCGGUGGAACAGGAGGCUCUGUCAGUGGAGGUGGUGGUGGUGGUGGUGGUGGUGGUGGGGGUGGUAUUUGUGGCGGUGGGGCAGGAGGUGGUGGUGGAGGGCCAGUCGUGCAGCACCCGCCCCAGCCUGAGCCCUGUGAGCCGCCCAUCCCUGAGGGCCUGGACCCUGAGGAGGUGAAGAAGUUUAAGAAGAAGCAAAAGAAGGAAAGACAGAGGCUCAAGAAGCAGCAGGAGCAGAUGGAGGAACAGCAGAAGGGCCAACUCCAGCAGCUUGAGCUACAGAAACAGCAGGAGUUCUUGAGGCAGCAGCAGGAGCAGAUCUUCCAGCAGCAGUUAGCCCUGCAGCGGCAGCAGGAGGAACUAUUGAAGCAGCAGCAGCAACAGCAACAACAGCAGCAGCAGAACAGCCAGGCUCAGGGCAAUUCCAAGAAGAACAAGAAAAAGGGCAAGGCGUUGGCGGCGGGCGUGGGCACGGCGAACACUGCCAGCACCCCCGCCACCACCACCAAGGCUAGCGGUGGGGGCAGCAAGGCUGGGAGCAGUGGCGGGCAGAACGGGCGCGUGUCUGCGGUGGUGUAUGACGGCGAUGACAUGGCCCAGUCCUUCAACCUGCCGCCGGGCGUCACCAUCAACAGGGUGGAGGGCCAGCCCGGCAUGGUGACCAUCUCCAACAACAUGGGCGGCGCCUUCUCCCAGCCCUUCCUGCCCAACCCCAACAUGUACCCCAGCCCCAUCAUGCACGGCUUCCCCACCCCCCAGGAGCCGCCCCUCCCCAAGACCUACGGCCGCCCCCACGCCCCCGGCCUCAGCUGGAACACCACCCUGGAUGGUGGUGGUGGCGGCGGCAGCGGCGGGUACCCCGACAAGGACAACGUCAUCGUGGUGGACACCAACAACAGCUUCCUGGGCACCAACUCGGCCGCCGCCACAGCCACCACCGCCACGGCCGCCGCCGCCGCCGCCAAGAGGGAGCUGUCUUCAGAGGAGAAAGUGAUGAUGGCGGUGAAGGGCCUGAUAGACCCCAGCACCCUCAACAUGACCCAGAAGAAGAAGUUCAAGAAGAAGAAGAAGGAGCUGCAGGAGGAGCGGGAGCGGGAGGAGCAGCGGCAGCGGGAGGAGGAUGACCUCAUGGACCAGAUGUACAACCUGGCCACUGGCAAGUGGCCUCAGCAGCAACAGCAGCAGCAGCAGCAGCAGCAGCAGCACCAUGACGCAGCACCACACAAUCAAACGCAAGCCAGCAAGACCCAAGCCAAGAAGAACACCAAGCAGAAGGAGAACCUCAAGCAGACGGCGGCGGUGAGCGGCCCCGGCAAGCAGCAGGCAACCAGCAAAACCAAGCAGCAGCAGAAGACACAAGACACCUCGCAGAAACAGAAGCAUCAGGACCUGGUGCGGCAGAACAGUAAAAACAGCAAACAGGGCAGCAAAGACACCAGCCUGCAGAACAUCACCAACCAGCCGGCCAAGGGCACGGCCACCGCCAGCAUAGGAGGGAAAGCCAAGCAGCAGCAGACACAUCAGCAGCAGCAGCAGCAGCAGCAGCAACACUCCCAGAAGGCAGCAGUGCAGCCAAGUCAACAAAAACAGCAGAACCAAGCCAAGCAGCAGCAGUCCUUGCAGCAGAAACAGCAGAAGGUAACUCAGCAGCAGCACCCUCAGACCAAGCAGAGUCAACAGCAGCAGCAGCAGCAGCAGCAGAAGCAACAAAAGCAACAGUCGCAGCAGAAGCAGAACAGCCAACACCAGCAACAACAACAGCAACAACAGCAACAGCAAAAACAACAGCAGAACACAUCACACAAACCUAACCAGGACCACCACCACCAGCACCACCACACAACCAACAAUCACCUCCACCAACACCAACAACAACAACAACAAACACACCCAACUCAACACCAACACCAGACAAAGCUUACUAACCAACAACAUCAGCAACAACAACAACAACAAAGACAAGGCCAGCAACAAAGGCAGCAACAGCCACACAACUCCAGGACGCACACCCAACAGAAACAGCCUUUGCCCAGCUUCCCCAGUGUGAGGGAGGGACAGGGGGCUCCAGCAGGGGGUGGCGGUGGGCAUAAGGGGAGUGGAGGAGCUGGCGGUGGUGCAGGAGUGCCCGGGAAGACAGCCUACGUGCCUCAGGACAUCGCACACGAGGCUCGCUACGCCCAGUACCUCGCGGCCAACGCCAACACUCUCGCUAAGAUGAGCUACACCACACACAAUGGGGCGCUGGUGGCCACGGAGAGGCUGCCGGAGCACUGCGGUGGCCCUCAGGAGGACGACAAGAGAACCUCCUCCUCGUCCUCCUCCUCCGGGAAGAAGAAGAAGGCCAAGAAGAACAAGAAGGGUAACCUGGAGGACCUGACCACCAUCGACAGCGUGUUCACUCCCAAGGAUGUGGCUGAGGGGGAGCUGGACGAGACGGAGCGCGACGUGGAGGCCUUCAAACGCUUCUGCUUCAAUAACGUGCCACUCAACUCCGGGGAGAAGCCCAAGGUCAACAUCAACAUCAAGGACAUCAUGAUCAAAAAACGGCCCUGCAACGGGAAGCCUGUCACUGGCUGAGGGCGGGGAGUGGCGGCGGCGGCGGCGGCACUUACAGUUUUAUAAUGACAGUCUUGUUUUCCUUCUUAUUUUCACUGUUCUCAACCGUUCUCGUCUCCAGUGAAGUGAUGCUAAAGACACUCGUUUAGACUUCAAGGGCGGAGCUGGAGCCUCGAACACGUUUUUUUAUACUUUUUUUUUCGUCUUCCUCAACUCAGGUGUUCGGCUCUAUGACACGUAUUGUUCCUGUACCUUAGGAAUCCAUUUUACUUUUAUACUUGCAUGCCUUAAUUUCACGUCACUUUUUUAUAUUUAAAGAACCUGACUGUUUUUAAACUAAUCGUGUGCUAGCUUAUCUUCCAUCUCGUAGGCAGUAAUUAAAAAGAGUUCCUCGGAGGAUUGACAGGAAAGGCGGAGAAGAACGUCUUGUAUCACCUCAGCUCAGACUAACUCAUGCACAUCAUCAUGCCUCGGAAACUAUUAUACGGCAGAUUUUUACGCCCUUCAUUCAUACCGAUGCGGGAGUUCCUGUAAACGCAUAAGCUGCUUUGUCUCUUGCUGUGUUGGAAGGUGGAACUGCUUGUGUAAGGCUGGGCACUGGUCACUCAUCAGCACUGUGCCUCGAUUCGUAAAGAUUGCAAGCGAUGAAAGAGUGUGAAAUAUUCUAAAGUAUAUGUGGAAAGCAAGGAAGAAAGAAAAGGUUAGCACUGUGGUUUGGGGUUGACUCUUGACAUAGGGAACAUCAACACCCUGAAAAGAACGCAAGUGGUGAAAGAACAUGACAGUCGGAAUAAAUAUGUACAGGAAUCAAGAAAGGAGAAAGCCUCAGCACUGUUAGGUUGUUGGUCCCUUGCCUUGAGGUGUGUGGGAAGACCAGGAAAAAAGAACGCAAGUAGAAGGGAUUGUAAUAGUGGAAAGUGCAUUAGAUAACAAGAAAAGGAGGAUUGAAAGAAAAAUAUGAACCUACUGAAUAAGUCAAAACAAAAAAGGCCACAAGAAGAAGGAAAUAAAUGUUAUGUUUGGAGAAAAAAAACAUAGUAGAAAGAAGGAUUGUCAUAGUGGAAAGUGCAUUAGAUAACGAGGAAAAGAGAAUUGAAAGAAAAAUACGAAUCUACUGAAUAAGUCAAAACAAAAAAAGGCCACAAGAAGAAGGAAAUAAAUGUUAUGUUAGGAAUAAAAAAA